AGGGGGCGGGGCCGGGGGGGAGGAGGUGGAGAGUGAGGCCGAGGGGUGGGGAGCCCGGGAACUCCCUCCUCCUGAAGUAACGCGUCCCGGGCCGGCUCUGCCGUCGUUGCUGCCGCCGGGCGCCCCGGGACGAGGAGGUGGAGGAGGGAGAGGGCCCGCGGGCCUCGCCUCCGCCCUCCGCCCCCUCCCGCCACCUCGAGCUGCGGUAGCAGCGACUCAUGAGAGCGCGGCCGGAGGACAGGUAAGGACCCGGUGGGGCCCCGCGGGCGGAGGGUUCCACCUUUGCCCGGACAGGGCUAGGCCCCGGCGUCUGGAGCCGCCGCAGCCGCCGCGGUUCCCCGCCCCCGCGGGCCCGAGUCGGGAAGUUGGGAAGAAACUUCUCCCCUCCCCCGGCUCGCCCUGCGGGCUUAUCUCGUUCCCCGCGCUGCCUGCUCGCCCCGACUCGGUCUCUGCCCCGUCCAGACCUGCCGGGUCCCGCCCAAGUCCGACCUGAGGUUCCAGGGGCGUGGGGGACACUCCCCACCCGUUGUCUUUGGGGUCGUGUGGAACGCCCGGCGACGAAGAGGAGAGGUUUAUUUUUGCCCCCACGGCCGAAGUAGGGGCGAGGGAAGCGGCCCCUUUGGGUCCUAAAGGCUGGGGGUCUGUGUGUCGGCCGACGCCGGUAGCAGCUGUGCGGGAUUUGAUAAUGGGCUGCAUUAAAAGUAAAGAAAACAAAAGUCCAGCCAUUAAAUACAGACCUGAAAAUACUCCAGAGCCUGUCAGUACAAGUGUGAGCCAUUAUGGAGCAGAACCCACUACAGUGUCACCAUGUCCGUCAUCUUCAGCAAAGGGAACAGCAGUUAAUUUCAGCAGUCUUUCCAUGACACCAUUUGGAGGAUCCUCAGGGGUAACGCCUUUUGGAGGUGCAUCUUCCUCAUUUUCAGUGGUGCCAAGUUCAUAUCCUGCUGGUUUAACAGGUGGUGUUACGAUAUUUGUGGCCUUAUAUGAUUAUGAAGCUAGAACUACAGAAGACCUUUCAUUUAAGAAGGGUGAAAGAUUUCAAAUAAUUAACAAUACGGAAGGAGAUUGGUGGGAAGCAAGAUCAAUCGCUACAGGAAAGAAUGGUUAUAUCCCGAGCAAUUAUGUAGCGCCUGCAGAUUCCAUUCAGGCAGAAGAAUGGUAUUUUGGCAAAAUGGGGAGAAAAGAUGCUGAAAGAUUACUUCUGAAUCCUGGAAAUCAACGAGGUAUUUUCUUAGUAAGAGAGAGUGAAACUACUAAAGGUGCUUAUUCCCUUUCUAUUCGUGAUUGGGAUGAGGUAAGGGGCGACAAUGUGAAACACUACAAAAUUAGGAAACUUGACAAUGGUGGAUACUAUAUCACAACCAGAGCACAAUUUGAUACUCUGCAGAAAUUGGUGAAACACUACACAGAACAUGCUGAUGGUUUAUGCCACAAGUUGACAACUGUGUGUCCAACUGUGAAACCUCAGACUCAAGGUCUAGCAAAAGAUGCUUGGGAAAUCCCUCGAGAAUCUUUGCGACUAGAGGUUAAACUGGGACAAGGAUGUUUUGGCGAAGUGUGGAUGGGAACAUGGAAUGGAACCACGAAAGUAGCAAUCAAAACACUAAAACCAGGUACAAUGAUGCCAGAAGCUUUCCUUCAAGAAGCUCAGAUAAUGAAAAAAUUAAGACAUGAUAAACUUGUUCCACUAUAUGCUGUUGUUUCUGAAGAACCAAUUUACAUUGUCACUGAAUUUAUGUCAAAAGGAAGCUUAUUAGAUUUCCUUAAGGAAGGAGAUGGAAAGUAUUUGAAGCUUCCACAGCUGGUUGACAUGGCUGCUCAGAUUGCUGAUGGUAUGGCAUAUAUUGAAAGAAUGAACUAUAUUCACCGAGAUCUUCGGGCUGCUAAUAUUCUUGUAGGAGAAAAUCUUGUGUGCAAAAUAGCAGAUUUUGGUUUAGCAAGGUUAAUUGAAGACAAUGAAUACACAGCAAGACAAGGUGCAAAAUUUCCAAUCAAAUGGACAGCUCCUGAAGCUGCACUGUAUGGUCGGUUUACAAUAAAGUCUGAUGUCUGGUCAUUUGGAAUUCUGCAGACAGAACUGGUAACAAAGGGCCGAGUGCCAUAUCCAGGUAUGGUGAACCGUGAAGUACUGGAACAAGUGGAGCGAGGAUACAGGAUGCCGUGCCCUCAGGGCUGUCCAGAAUCCCUCCAUGAAUUGAUGAAUCUGUGUUGGAAGAAGGACCCUGAUGAAAGACCAACAUUUGAAUAUAUUCAGUCCUUCUUGGAAGACUACUUCACUGCUACAGAGCCACAGUACCAGCCAGGAGAAAAUUUAUAAUUCAAGUAGCCUAUUUUAUAUGCACAAAUCUGCCAAAAUGUAAAGAACUUGUGUAGAUUUUCUACAGGAAUCAAAAGAAGAAAAUCUUCUUUACUCUGCAUGUUUUUAAUGGUAAACUGGAAUCCCAGAUAUGGUUGCACAAAACCACUUUUUUUUCCCCCAAGUAUUAAACUCUAAUGUACCAAUGAUGAAUUUUCCAACGUAUUUCAGGGUCCAAAGAAAAUAGAGCUAAGAUACUGAUGACAGUGUGGGUGACAGCAUGGUAAUGAAGGACAGUGAGGCUACUGCUUGUUUAUAAAUAAUUUCCUUUCUUUUUUUCCCCAAAGUCAGAAUUGCUCAAAGAAUAUUAUUUAUUGUUACAGAUAAAACUUGAGAGAUAAAAAGCUGUACCAUAAUAAAAUCUAAAAUUAAGGAAUAUCAUGGGACCAAAUAAUUCCAUUCCAGUUUUUUAAAGUUUCUUUCAUUUAUUAUUCUCAAAAGUUUUUUCUAAGUUAAACAGUCAGUAUGCAAUCUUAAUAUAUGCUUUCUUUUGCAUGGACAUGGGCCAGGUUUUUCAAAAGGAAUAUAAACAGGAUCUCAAACUUGAUUAAAUUUUAGACCACAGAAGAGGAAUUUGAAAGUAUAAUGCAGUACAUUAAUAUUCAUAUUCAUGGAACUGAAAGAAUAAGAACUUUUUCACUUCAGUCCUUUUCUGAAGAGUUUGACUUAGAAUAAUGAAAGUAACUAGAAAGUGAGUUAAUCUUGUAUGAGGUUGCAUUGAUUUUUUAAGGCAAUAUAUAAUUGAAACUACUGUCCAAUCAAAGGGGAAAUGUUUUAAUCUUUAGAUAGCAUGCAAAGUAAGACCCAGCAUUUAAAAAGUCCUUUUUAAAAAAUAGACUUGGUACUGUGAGAUAUUGCUUAUAUGUCCUUAUGGGGAUGGGUGCCACAAAUAGAAAAUAUGACCAGAUCAGGGACUUGAAUGCACUUUUGCUCAUGGUGAAUAUAGAUGAACAGAGAGGAAAAUGUAUUUAAAAGAAAUACAAGAAAAGAAAAUGUGAAAGUUUUACAAGUUAGAGGGAUGGAAUGUAAUGUUUAAUGUUGAUGUCAUGGAGUGACAGAAUGGCUUUGCUGGCACUCAGAGCUCCUCACUUAGCUAUAUUCUGAGACUUCGAAGAGUUAUAAGGUAUAACUAUAAAACUAAUUUUUCUUACACACUAAAUGGGUAUUUGUUCAAAAUAAUGAAAUUAUGGCUUCACAUUCAUUCCAGUGGGAUAUGGCUUUUAUGUAAAACAUUUUUAGAACUCCAGUUUUCAAAUCAUGUUUGAAUCUACGUUCACUUUUUUUUUUUUUUUUUUCUUUUUUGAGACGGAGUCUCGCUCUGUCAUCCAGGCUGGAGUGCAGUGGCACGAUGUCAGCUCACUGCAAGCUCCGCCUCCCAGGUUCACACCAUUCUCCUGCCUCAGCCUCCCGAGUAGCUGGGACUACAGGCGCCCACCACCACGCCCGGCUAGUUUUUUGUAUUUUUAGUAGAGACGGGGUUUCACCGUGUUAGCCGGGAUGGUCUUGAUCUCCUGACCUUGUGAUCUGCCCACCUCAGCCUCCCAAAGUGCUGGGAUUACAGGCAUGAGCCACUGUGCCUGGCCUACAUUCACUUUUAAAGUCUACGUAAUGGUGGUCAUUUUUUCCCUUUUAGAAUACAUUAAAUGGUUGAUUUGGGGAGGAAAACUUAUUCUGAAUAUUAACGGUGGUGAAAAGGGGACAGUUUUUACCCUAAAGUGCAAAAGUGAAACAUACAAAAUAAGACUAAUUUUUCAGAGUAACUCAGUAAUUUCAAAAUACAGAUUUGAAUAGCAGCAUUAGUGGUUUAAGUGUCUAGCAAAGGAAAAAUUGAUGAAUAAAAUGAAGGUCUGGUGUAUAUGUUUUAAAAUACUCUCAUAUAGUCACACCUUAAAUUAAGCCUUAUAUUAGGCCCCUCUAUUUUCAGGAUAUAAUUCUUAACUAUCAUUAUUUACCUGAUUUUAAUCAUCAGAUUCGAAAUUCUGUCCCAUGGCAUAUAUGUUCAAAUUCAAACCAUUUUAAAAUGUGACAGAUGGACUUCAUGCAAGUUGGCAAUGGUUCUGGUACUAAAAAUUGUGGUUGUUUUUUCUGUUUACGUAACCUGCUAGGUAUUGACACUCUCUACCAAGAGGGUCUUCCUAAGAAGAGUGCUGUCAUUAUUUCCUCUUGUCAACAACUUGUGACAUGAGAUUUUUUAAGGGCUUUAUGUGAACUAUGAUAUUGUAAUUUUUCUAAGCAUAUUCAAAAGGUAACAAAAUUGUUUAUGUACUAAAUCUAAUCAGGAAAGUAAGCCAGGAAAAGUUGAUGGUAUUCAUUAGGUUUUAACUGAAUGGAGCAGUUCCUUAUAUAAUAACAAUUGUAUAGUAGGGAUAAAACACUAACUUAAUGUGUAUUCAUUUUAAAUUGUUCUGUAUUUUUAAAUUGCCAAGAAAAACAACUUUGUAAAUUUGAAGAUUUUUUCCAACAGCUUUUCGUCUUCAGUGUCUUAAUGUGGAAUUAACCCUUACCAAAAAAGCAAGUUGGCAAAAACAGCCUUCUAGCACACUUUUUUAAAUAAAUAAUGGUAGCCUAAACUUAAUAUUUUUAUAAAGUAUUGUAAUAUUGUUUUGUGGAUAAUUGAAAUAAAAAAUUCUCAUUGAAUGCA